AAAUUUUGUCAAUUUGUUGAAUGUGCUAGCGGCAUGAAGGUCGGUGUGCGUUUUGAACACAUUUAGCAACUGCGUUGUUUUCAUAUAAGUAUGUAAAAUUGAUAUAUUUAAUAGUGAGAUGUGAAUUAUGAUCCUUUAUGGAAAUACGGCAAGAAGCAAGUUAAGGUUCGAUAAAAAUUAAUUCAGUGAGGCUCGUUUUGUUGGGUUCAAAACAAAUUCUGCUUGGUAAAAUAUCCGCACUAAGUAGGCGAAAACAAUGAUUCUAUUAGAACUCAUCAGUGCCGUGUUGUCUAUGAUUACGAUGACGACUCUACUAUUGUUUAUGUUCUUCAUCAUAUUUCUGGCUUCGAUGGGAAAAUCAAUAGGUGUUAGAAGAAUGUACGUAGAUUUGCUUGUCAAGGUAUUCGAGUACGGUCGUCAAAAUAUUGAAACCAUUCGCAAACAACAGUAUGCUCACUUAGAUAUAUCCGAUCACAACACAUCACAAAAAAAUAAUCCAACUAAUAGUCCUAGUAUCGAAAAGGAAGUCAUACUAAAAGGUGACACAGAGAAAGCACAGUCUAAUGGAGAUGCAUUCAAAAUGGGAAACUCGGUGAUUAGUCGUGUCGAAUCUCUUAUUCUUGUGCCGGAUGUAGACAAUACGCGAAGUAAGGACCGUGAACCAAACAACGAAGAUGACAAAUAUUCUCUUGAGUUCAAUUUGUCCAACUGCUUGGAUUACGUCAAGUCUGGAAUGGAAGCCAUCAUUGAAGAUGAAGUAACCAGUCGAUUUGAGGCCGAGGAACUGAAAAACUGGAACCUUCUAACUCGUACAAACAGACACUAUGAAUUCAUUUCCUGGCGACUUACUAUCAUCUGGGUCAUAGGAUUUUUUAUUCGAUACGUGGUGCUAAUGCCUUGUAGAGUAUUUAUUUGUUUCAUCGGUGUUGUAUAUUGCGUGAUAGGCUUCGCCAUCGUUGGGAUAAUCCCUCAACGGAAACUUCGCAUACAGGCAAACGAGUAUGUGUUUAAGCAUACCUUUCGUAUUAUAUGCCGUUCCUUGUCCGCAGUGAUUCGUUUUCACAAUGAGGAAUACAAACCAAAAAAAUGCGGAUUUUGUGUAGCAAAUCAUACAACACCGAUUGAUAUAGCAAUACUUUCGACAGAUCACUCGUAUUCAUUGAUUGGCCAAAGACAUGGAGGAUUUUUGGGAGUUCUUCAAAGAGCUUUGGCUCGAGCUUCUCCUCAUAUUUGGUUCGAACGCGCGGAAGCUAAAGAUAGAAUGGCAGUAGCGAAAAGGCUGAAGGAGCAUGUUUCGGAUCCCAACAAUCCUCCGAUUCUCAUCUUUCCAGAAGGUACUUGCAUUAACAAUACAUCGGUGAUGCAAUUUAAAAAAGGUAGCUUUGAGGUUGGCGGUGUUAUCUAUCCAGUUGCUAUCAAAUACGACGCUCGAUUCGGUGACGCUUUUUGGAAUAGCUCUCGCUACUCAAUGAUGCAGUAUUUAUACAUGAUGAUGACAUCGUGGGCGAUCGUGUGCGACGUCUGGUAUUUACCAUCAAUGACGCGGAACGAGCAUGAGUCAGCGAUCGAUUUCGCCAAUCGAGUGAAGAGUGUCAUUGCCAAGCAGGGCGGUCUGGUUGAUCUCGUGUGGGAUGGUCAGCUGAAACGAAUGAAACCGAAGAAAGAGUGGAAGGAGAAACAACAGGAGGAAUUCAGUAAAAAGCUGAAAGGCGAAUGAAAAAUAUCAACGAAAGCGAAAAACGAUGACAUUGUUCGAAAUAGUCUGCCACUUCGUCUAUGUUAAUCGAUCGCUUGAAACACACAAAAUGAUUAAGAUAUCAAACGUACGAGCAUGGAACAAUAUAACGACGCUCUAGUCUGCGAAAAAAGACAGGAUAAUUAUCAGUAACAGCCAAAAUUAUGUGUUAAAUAUUGCAGGUAGAUUUCAAUGUUACUUUUCUAUUUCAAAAAGAACAAAAUGAUAUUUAUUCCUAUGUUAGAUCUACAGAUAUCAGACAUAAUUUAAUAGUUACGAAAAACUUUUUUAAUGAUUCUGCUGGUCGAAUUAUUUUGUUCUAAUAGUUUGAAGUAAUUUAUUUGCAUACUCAGCAUUAACAAAUGGCUCAAAUGAUGUUUGACCCAAUUAAACAAACCGUUCAAGCUGAUUAUUUGAAUAUCAAUGCUAAUCGUUUUCUUGGUUCCCUGCGCAGAGCGUAUGGAUGACUCAAUAAGUGCUGAGUAUUUUAAAAUAUUUGUGUUUUACAUUAUUUUCUAUGUAACAUUAAAUAAUAAAUAAACUACUGAAUAAGACUGAAAACCUUGCAGUUUCGUGGUUAAAAGGUGUGGUUAUGGUGAGGUGAAUGAGAAAUGUACUAAGAAUAAUGAGCAGACACCAUUUCCCGUAUAGGGCAGGCAAAUAUCGUUACUAUUUUCAAAUUUAAAAGCACAACUGCACAUCAGAGUUUACACAGAAACUUACAAAUUUUGUCAGAUAGACAAUCACUAGACACGAGAUGUUUUCUUUUCGUAUCAAUCCUUCAUGCGUUGUUCUGUAUAAUUCAAAUGCGCACAGAUGUCAUGUUUUAAAUUGAUCACUAUGAAUUCUUCUUAGGUUGUAUAAUUUGAUUUCUUAAGUUUGAUAACAAAUGUUGAAUGCUACAACAAUCGUUAAAAUAUGUUCCGUUGAAUAAAAAUGUACUACACGUUCCAAGCUUCUCACCGUAACUUUUCUUACUUUUCUUUUGGAAACCUUUAUUUAAAUUAUAUUCGAUGCGUUUUCUUGUGUAAAUAGACUAGGUUUCUUGAUAUUAACUAUUGUCAAUAGUUUGGAGUAGAACAAAUCUGUGGACAAGGAAUCAUACCAAAAAGUUUACGAGUAUAAAAUCGGCAACUAGACAAACUUUCCAGUGCUCUAACAACAGUAACGAAAUAUAUGAACUUUACGAAAUUUGUAAUUUUAAUACUUUGUCGAGAAGAAAAAUAAAGGCUAGGAAUGUUUGUUAAA